AUGGAACGUACGAUCGGGCUAACUGGUCCAACAUUUGAUCCCGAUACCACGGUUGUGAACAGUUUGAACGCAACUAGCUACUACAUCACCUAUGCCCAAGUAGUAGAUGAAAGAGAGAUCCCUGAAAAGGUGCUUCGACCUGUAUCAGGAAGAGCUGUACAAACCGAAGAAACCCAUGAAAACUUCGCUGAAAAGAGGGCUGAGAGAUCAACAGAAGAAUCUCCUGAAGAAACCGCAGAGAGCUCAAUCGAGGAGGAUGACACAGACCCAGAAGAGGAGUCGUUCGUAGAUGCUGACGAAGAUGAAGACUCCACAGCGAGCCCAACAGAGGAGGAUGCAGAGGAACCUUCAGAAGAGUCUUCUGAGGACAGCACAGAGGAAGCCGAAGAAGACACCGAAGAUACCACAGAGAGUUCCAUCGAGCAGGGCACCGAAGAGCCAUCAGAAGAAUCUCUUGAGAGCGCUUCCGAAAAACCAGAGGAAGAUUCUUCCGAAGAAACUGAAGAGAGUCGAAAUGAGGAAGAUGUCGAGGAGCCGGGAGAAGAUUCGUUUGGAGACGCCGAGGAAAAUGAAGACUCUACA